AUGGCUCCAAAAACUGAAGCUGACCUUUCUCUUGAUAAAGACGAAGAAAUUAUAGAGGAGAAUGCAGCACCACAACACUCUGUACCCUGCCAUUCUCCCAAUGAACACCAAAAGAUUGUACAUGAUGAUGCAGAAUCGAGUACUUCGACGCCUAUAUCCGGCCAUUCUACCAAUAAACGGGAAGAGAUUGCGCAUGAUGAUGCAGCAACGAGUUUUUCCAUCUCACAAAAUGCUUCAAUGGCAAUGAGUGGAGUCGAUCAUUUUCCCAAUAAACCCAGAAGGAUUGCAGAGGAGGAUGCACCAGCACCAUGGAUCUCCCACGAACAACCACUGGAUCCAUUUAAAGAUUUAUAUAAUCGAUCUCCAAGUCGUAACGAAUACUUGGAGCAUGCAAUGUUUCUGAAAAGAACAAAGAUUGAAGAACAGCAGAUCCCAGACGUUCCUCUUCCUCAUUAUGAAGAAGAACCUCCAAGUAGCUUCGGGGGAUUGGAAGAAAUUGUGGAGUCAGCAAAGCUAAUUCAGUUGCCUUUAAAAGUAACUCAUGCAAAUAGGAUCUCCCAAGAACAAUCACUGGAUCCAUUUGAAGAUGUAUAUAAUCGAUCUCCAAGUCGUAAUGAAUAUUUGGAACAUGCAAUGUUUCUGAAAAAACCAAAGAUUGAAAAACCGCAGAUUCCAGAUGUUCCUCUUCCUCCUUAUGAACAAGAACCUCCACGUAGCUUCGGGGGUUUGGAAGAAAUUGUGGAGUCAGCAAAGCUAAAACAGUUUCCUUUAAAAGUAACUCAUGCAAAUAGGGUCUCCCAACAAUCACUGGAUCCACUUAAAGAUGUAUAUAAUCGAUCUCCAAGUCGUAAUGAAUACUUGGAACAUGCAAUGUUUCUGAAAAAACUAAAUAUUGAAGAACAGCAGAUGCCAGAUGUUCCUCUUCCUCCUAAUGAAGAAGAACCUCCACGUAGCUUCGGAGGUUUGGAAGAAAUUGUGGAGUCAGCAAAGCGAAUCCACGGGAGAAAAGAUUAA